UUGCACAGUAAUUAGUAUUUACACAUUGCGUGAAAAUACAUAAAUAUUUCAUGUAUUAUAUUGUGCUGUAUGAAAUUGUAUUAAAGACAAGUGUAAUGAUGCUACAUAGUACUUUACCUGUAAUAAAACUAUUAUUGUUAGAAUCUAUAAAAAUAAACAUGAAAUAAAAUUUAUAUUGCACGAGAAAAAGCUUGGAAAUGUGAAAAUCACAGAUUCAGUUCCGAUUUAGAAAUAACUGAAACAUAAUAUGAAAUGGAUGAACUGAAAAAGAUCAUCAAAUUUGGUUAUCAUAAUUAUGAGAUUGGAAACAUUGAGCACUGCAUCGUAUUAGGUGGAAAAGGAAUUGAUAUUUUUUGUGCAAAACGUUGGCAGAAUGGCAACCAUAACGAUGAAGCAUGUGAACUUUAUACUUUACUAAUGUUAGCAUAUAUGACUAAAGAAGAAAAUCCGGUUAAUGUAGAAGCCAUAGAGAUGUUUAGAUGUGCGUUGCAUCACAAUAUACGAAAAACGAUGUCAACACUUCAGCAUUAUAACUCUGGAAAAUUCGUGGAAGCAUUCUACAAGUUUCUGUUAAAAAAAUGUUUCCCUCAUGCAUUGACACAAUCUGGAUUCGGUAUUAUGCUCAACAUGAUGGACAAAAAAUCAAAUAUGUAUCAAUCCGACCUACCUUCUGGAAUGCAGUCUGUUUACUUAUUUUGGUAUCAUAGUAUGGAGGCACGAAACACACUAUCCAUUGAUGAAUUUUUUCAUUCAUUUAUGAAUCUUCAUGUACACAGAGUCAAUAAAAGUAUUAUGAAGCAAGCUCAAAAGAAAUGGUUUGAUCUUGGGCUGAAGGAGUUUAAUAAAGCAUUGGGUGAACAAGCUCUAGUCUCACUUAAAAUAGCAGAUAUAUUAAAUAGUUUAUUGGAAGUGGAUGAAGGAGCGUUAAUACGAUUGGACUUGCAUCUUGCAGCUUUCCAAGGUUUUGGGUUGCGAAAUGUUGGUGAAGUAGAUAAGGAAAAGAAAGAGCUUCUUAAUAACUGGUUUAGAAAUUGCUCUAAAUAUAUGCAAUCAAAAGAAUUUGAUAAAGGAAGAUUUUUCUUUGAGAAGAGCUUAUCUCUAUUAAUCUCCAGUGAUAACAGGAAUGAAUUUUUCAUAUUUGAAAAAUUAGAGCAUGUAGAUUAUGAAAGUGCUUUUACCACCAUCAGAUCUGGAUUCAGAAAUGGUACAGCUAAUGCCAAGAAAUUAAAUCUGAUAUGGAAAGAUAUUGCAGCAAUUUUCCUUCAACAAGAACAACUUCUUUUUUCUAUUUUAUCUUACAAAAUAUCCUUUGAAAUGACAGCCGAAACUGAAAUUGAAGUGAAAAGAAAUUUAACAUCAAAUAUGUCACUAGUAAGUUUGAAACUACAUAAAUGGAAUGAUGCCAAGGAUUUUGCCACAGAAUGUAUUCGAUUAGAUCCACGAUGGGACAAGGGGUAUUAUAGACUAGGCCUUGCCUACAAAGAAUUGAAGAACUACAAGAUGAGUAUGUCAACUUAUUUAGAAGGUCUUCAGAAAACUUCGAAAAGCAAAGUAUUGUUUAUUGUGGAAAUACUCAAAAUGAAGGAAAAAUUUGGAUUACGAAACGAUAUCCCAUCUACAGUAUCUUCUGCAGAUCUUUCUAAAGCAUUAAAAAAUUUAUAUGAUGAAGAUGCUGGUAUAUUUUGGAAAAUUCUGGAUAAAAUCAUUGCUACUAAUAACAAAUCGAUAGACAUAAAACAUUACUCAUUACAAUCUGGCUUAGAGUAUGGAAUUCAAAGAAGGUUUCUGGAGUAUCUCAUAAAUCACGGUUCUGAUGUCAACAAAGUCUGCAACAACUUAUCAGUUCUCCAGUAUGCACUAAAUAAAGAACUCUUUGAAAUUUGUGCUAUCUUGUUACAUUAUGGAGCUGUUUUAAUGCCGAAUUCUCAAACAAAACCUUGUGCACCAAUAUUGACAUGUACUGAGAUUGUCCUCGAUACAGGAAAAGCAAACAUCAUGAAGCAUUUUCUUAAGAUGGAAACUGAAAUCUCUUCAUGCGACCACAAUGGCAAUACUGCAUUACAUUUAUGUUGUGUUGGAGAAUGUUGUGAAACCAAGAUCACAUUGAUCAACAUGUUGUUGCGUGCUAAUAUAAAGCAAAAUGUUGUGAACAAAAACGGUAAAAAGGCUUUGCAGUACUUAGCAAUUGGUGAUGCAAGAAUUAAAUGUUUUAAUAAGGUUAAUUUCCCAUCUCAACUGAUUCAUUUAAGCAAAAAGGCUGAUCGAGCAUUUGCUAAUGGAGACUGGCUUUUGGCUAAAGACUUAUUUCUAAUGACUGCUGAAAAACUUUCAGUUGACGCAAAGUACAAACAGUAUGAAUGCAAAAUGUGCACUUUGGCUGCGAUAUCUUUUUUAAAGUUAGGGAAGGUGGAAGAAUGCUUUGGUUGGCUUAACAGAUCCAGUUCAGUGGAUAAUGACGUUAUGAAAGAAACAUUAUUGUCUGUGCUUGAUGGAGAUUUUCAUCACAUUUUUUACUCAAAGUUAUUGCAAUGCAUUGAGGAGAAAGAAUUUGAAGUUGUUCUUCAUGGAAUGUCUUUUCUUGCCGGAAACAGUGAUGACGAAGAAAAAAUAAACGAAUGCUUUUAUGCAAAAGCCGAGGUUGUAUUUAAAUUAAAUCACGAUGUGGAAAAUAAUUUUGAAGAAAUUAUUGAAGGAUCAAGUAUAAAAAAAGUUGACGAAGGUUUAUUAUUAAAAAUGUGUGAAUACUGGUGCAAUCUCGGAGAAGCAGAGAUGGAAGAAAAGUUAUUUGUGGAUGCUCAAAGGACGUUAUGGCUUGUGGUAAAUAUGUGUACCGUGUGGACAAUCAAUCAAGCAAACCAAGAUAAAAUAAAAUAUAUACUUGCUUCGUCUUUUGUUUAUAUGGGUAUCCUAGAUAUUGGGUAUACUCAUUCUCCGGUGAACAUUAAAAGUAAUAAAUUUUUCAAGAAAGCUGCUCAAUAUAAUGUUGAUGUAGAAAAGGGAUUAUUCAAAAAAUGGGAUGAAAAAAUCAGAAGAUUUUCGAAUGUUCGGAAAUAUGAAAUUGCAGGACGAUAUGCUUUUAAUAAGCAUUGUGUUGCCACCCUCCUUUCAUAUGGAGGUCAUCAAAAGUGUCAAAGCGCUACCGAUGUGGCACUUUGUUUUGUUCGUAUGAAUCGCAAAAAGGAAGCGAUAAAGUUUGUGGAAUACGCGUUAAAGAUGAAUUCAACACCCGACAUAACGAUCUCUAAGCAAUGGAAACAUAUCGCCGAAAAUUUGGAGCUUGAACAGUCGAUCCAAGUGCUCCAGUGGGCCUUGAAAUGUGCUCCACUUCAUGAAAAAGCAGAAAUAGCAGAUUUAAAUGCAAAGUUAUCGACAGCAUAUCGUUCAAUUCAUAACAACAGCGAUGCAAUCAGAUAUGCAAGAGAAAGUAUCGACACUCUACCUUCAUAUCAGGGCUAUUACGAACUUGGUUGCUGUCAAGAAGUAGACGGAUGUUUUGAUGAGAGCUGGAAGACUUUCGAGAAAAGCUUCACGUUAACAGAAGAUUUUACAUUAAAAUCUGAGUGCUUGGCACGCUUGUUAAAAGUUAGAAGAAAAUCAAGUGACAGACGCAAGAAAAUCAAUUUGAUUGUGCGCAAAGUUGUCUCAACUGAAACAUUUCAAAUACUAUACCAAGAUCAUACCCGCGAGUCGUGGGAAGUCAUUGAAGACAUGUUUUUUUACUCCUCUUAUGCAAGUAAUAUUGUUCUUGAUAAAAUUUCUCUUUCUACGGUUAUAAAAUACGCGGCAUCGGAGAAACUGGUGCUGGAAAUAAUCAAACGAGGAUGCAUUAUCGAUAGUACAUUAGGUGAUCCUGUUAAACUAAUGUUGGCAAAAUCUUGGUUUGAUGCAGCAGCAUUUUUAAUUUGCUUUAAGAGCAGAGAUUUAAAGUUGCGGAUGAAUCCAUUACUGUAUAGCACGAAAAUGGUUCAUGAAACAGGAGAAAUGAAGCUCGUGUACGCGUUGGUGAAAUUGAUGCAUGCUUCUGAUAUUAAAAGCCAGUUACCCUCCUGUUUGAUUUACUGUUGUGAUGGUCAAUGUUCUGAAAUAAAAAUACAACUUACCAGAUAUAUGGUAUCAUUGGCACGUGAUUUACAUUACGCAGUUAAAAGACACAUAGUGGCUAGAAAGUUGGUAAAUGCGGAUAAAAGAUGGUCUUUGAUAUGUCCUUCAGAUGAUAAAGAUGAAGAAUAUCCUGAGGAAAAAGUAGUUUACAAGCCUAGCUCUUCUAUUAAUACGAAGAAGAAAAAGAAAAAAACAAAGAAGAAGAAAACAAAAGCAGCUCAAUCUAUAUCUAACACAGAAUCUUCCGUUUUUGAUCAAAAUACUAGUCCAGUGCUACACAAGUCUGAUCAAGAACAGGUAUACGUGGAUCAGUCAAAAGAAAUUAAAUCAUUAAUAGAAAAUCUUUCGUUUAAAAAAGAAAAAAUGUUUGACGAGCCUAAAGAGGAAGUCAUAGCCCAAGGAGAUACCAACAACGUGGCUAUAACUGAGACAGAAGAUGACAACAUUGAUAGUAACAUGGACAGUAAUGAACCUGAUGAAAUAAAUGAUCAGGAUGAUUUAGAGGAGUUAACAUUUGAUGGUCUUGCUUGGGAAGUAGAGUGUACUCGUGAUACAUGGAAUGUAUUAAGGGAUAAAAAGUUAGACCGCACAAUGAAAAGAAAGAUUAUUCGCAAAAUAAAGAAAUUAGCAAGUGGCGAAUGGCCAAGGGAUAUAGCAAAACGUUUGGAGAACGUACCACAUGAAAUCAAAUUGUAUGAGGCAAAGAUAAAUAAGGGUAGUCGAAUACUUUGGGAACGUGCUGUGUCAUUUUCCGCUCGCUGUAGUAUGUCUGUUGCUGACACAAUUGAUGCUGAGUUGGGUGCGGUGUAUGCUGAUAAGAUCCGCAUUUGGAAUAUUGCAUUGCAACACGAUGAUGUGCCCAAAAUGAUUGAGAAUAUUAUACACUCCCAUAAACGCGGACAAACAUGUUUGAUCAACAAAAACCUUAAAGGUUUUAAAGAACCUCAAAAAGUCAGAAGCGAAAAAUUGCCUAACAUCUACAUUAAUGAAAAUUAUGCCAAAGAUGUCUUAAAAAAAAUGUCAAAGCACAAACCAUUACAAUCCGAAAAAAACGACAGAUAUGCUUUUUUCCCACCUGCCAGCCCCAAUCAACAAGAAUAUCACAUUUUGAAAUUUUAUGCUUUUACGUCCGCAAUGGCAAGCAGAAUUCUCAGUUUAAAACACUCACAAUAUGACUUUCCUUUUCAAGUUAGUGAACUAGAGCACACUAUAAUAAAUCUCGAGCCAGAUAACAAAUGCUCUAUACUGCUGCUGGGUAGAAGUGGGACAGGGAAAACGACCUGUUGUCUGUAUCGCUUGUGGAGUCAUUACUUAAACUACUGGAAACGAGCUCAAAAUGCAGGUCCAUGGCUGCCAAAGUAUUCCCUACCUAAUAAGCCAUGUGACCAAGACGAAAUUCAAGAAGAAGUGGUUUCUAACAUUACUGUUUCUCCGUCUGAAGACGAAACUGAAUAUAUUUACCCAUGUCUGUGUGUGGAUGAGUGCCGUUGUGAAAGUUUGAUUUCUCAAGUAUGGGGUGAAGACACCCACACAGCGGAAAAUUAUAAAAAAAUUGAGAACAGUAAAAUUAGUGGGAAAAACAUGAGUGUGAUUGAUGAGGAUAAAAACAGUAACAAUGAGUUACAUGAAGAGAAUAGUGACUUGGAACAUUUGCGUCAGCUGCUUAUUACAAAGAAUGAUGUUUUAUGUUCUGAAAUAAAAGAUAACUUUUGUGAAUUAUGUCGUGGGAGUGGCAUUGAAUUUGUGCAAGAGAAGAAUGAGGUGUAUAAGAACAUUAGAGACAUUCCUGCUGAGAAGUAUCCUUUAUUUAUUACUACAAAAGAUCUGCUAUUGUUGCUAGAUGCCUCUUUGGUGGGAGAUUCGUUUUUUAAAAGAGAUGCAGAUGGUAAUAUGCUAGAAUAUAUCCAAGGCUGGGGAAAGCAUAAAACCGAGCUUUGUUGUUUACCUCUCGUGGACGAAGAUGAAGACAUGGAAUGUGAAGAAAAUACAGAAAAAAUCGAAGAUGAUAGCGAGUGUGCUGUACAGAUAAGUAGACGGACGGAAGUCACUUAUGACGUUUUUUCUAAAGAAAUUUGGCCAAAAAUCUCAAAAGAAAAGAAAAAUGACUGUCAUCCUUCUCUUGUUUGGAUGGAAAUUAAAUCAUUCAUCAAAGGAUGUGUGGAAUCUUUUUUAAAUGAAACUGGUAUUCUAUCGAUGGAAGAAUAUCAAGAGAUUGGACGUAAAAGGGCCCCCAACUUCACAGGUGACAGGGAAAGUGUUUAUGCCAUGUUUAGCCAGUACGAGAAAGCAAAAAAAUCCUUAGGCUAUUUUGACGAGAUGGAUGUUCAUUUUAACAUUUACAAACGAUUGAAAAAAUCAAUCAUUCCAGACUGGGGCUUCCAUCAGGUGUAUGUAGACGAAACUCAAGACUUCACUCAAGCAGAAUUACUACUACUUUUGCGAUGCAGUUUGAAUCCUAACGCCAUGUUUUUUUCUGGUGACACUGCUCAAAGUAUAAUAAACGGCGUCGCAUUUAGGUUUUGCGACCUUCGAUCUUUAUUUGUCAUUGCUAAACGAGAAUUGGAAUACAGUAACAUGCCUUUAGUUGCAGUUCCAAAGAAGAUUCACCAGUUAACACAUAACUAUCGAUCACACAGUGGUAUCUUACAGCUAGCUUCUGUUAUUGUGCAGUACCUGAAGUUAUUAUUUCCUGAGUCAUUUGACCAUUUGCGACCAGAUGUUGGGUUGUUUCCUGGACCGAAGCCUGUGAUUUUGGACACUAGUGAUUUUUCAGAACUUGCUAUGUUGUUGCAAGGCAGUAAACGUGAAACUUCUGCCAUUGAGUUCGGAGCACAUCAAGUUGUUCUUGUUCAGAAUGAGAAGAGCAAGGCGAAUCUUCCUGCUGAACUAAGUUACGGUUUGGUUCUAAGUAUCUAUGAAGCAAAAGGUUUGGAGUUCGAUGAUGUACUACUAUACAACUUUUUCAAGGAUUCUGAGGCCUCGGAAGAGUGGAGGGUGAUUGCAACGAACAUUGACAUGAUUGAAGAUAUCCAGCAUUCAGAUACUAGCUUACAAGUUUUGCACGCGGACAUUUUAGAGAGUGAAACAAGACCUUUGGAAUUUAAUAGAAAUAGCCAUAAACUUUUAAAUGCAGAACUCAAGAAAUUUUAUACUGCUGUAACCCGUGCAAGAGUUCAUGUUUGGAUCUUUGAUGAAGAUAAAACGAAAAGAGGCUCAAUGUUUGAAAUGCUUAUCAAGAAAUCUCUGGUUAGAGUGGUUAAACUAGACAAGAAUUUUGAUGCAAAAAAUCUCUUCGCUGAGAAAUCUACCCAGGCAGAGUGGAAAGAAAAAGGCAUGGAUUUCUACACGAAAAAGCGUUGGGAAUUGGCUCUUAAAUGUUCUGAAAGAGCUGAAGAUGAGGAGCUAAGGAAAAGAUGUGAAGCACAAAUUCAAGGGGAAUAUGCAUUGGAAAAAGCACGGGAGUGGAAUGUAAAACGCAGUCGGACACAACUCCAGAAUGUAUACAGAGAAUUUGAAAAGGCUGCAAAGUUGUUUUUGGAAAGUGAAUUAGUUGAAGAGGCUAAAGUGUGUCUUAAGAAUUCAAAGCAAUGGUGUAGUUAUGCUCGAAUUUGUGAAAAGCAAGAAGAGUUUGGAGAAGCUGGAAAGUUUUAUAAAAGAACUGGAAAUAACGACGACGAUGCAUUAAGAUGUUUUGAAAAGGCGAACAAUAUCAUGGCUUCUAUAAGUUUACUGACUGCAGGAGAUCGUUAUAUUGAAUGUUUAAUGCUGCUGCAGAAUCACAAGCUGGAUGGGACAAACUAUUCUUCACAUAUAACAUCAGUAGCCGAUAAAGCUUCAAAUUAUUAUUAUCAGAGAAAUGACUUUGACAAACUUGAGCAAGCUUUAUCCUAUCUGGAAUUUGAAGAUAAGAUAUCCUUUUUGUACAAAAAAGAUGGCUGUGAAAAGCUUCUUCUUCAACAGUUUAGAAAGUCAAAGCGGCUUGAUUUGGCUGUUGAGUAUCUAAUGCAACAGGAAAGAUACUUGGAAGCAGCAGAGUAUGCGUCUGAUGAUUUUGCUAAAGCAGACUGCUUGUUACUCGCCGCCAGAAAGGUUGUUGACAGUGGAAAGAAAGACCCAUCACUUGCUGAAAAGUUGAAUGACGUAUAUGAAUGUCUUGAUUAUUCUUAUUAUAUGUGCAAAGCAGCAGUGUUGUACUCUCUAAUAGAAUUAACUGAUAAAAAGGAUGAAGACAAGUAUACCUUACUUAGUCAGGUGCUUUCUCAUGGUCAAUUUGAAGAGCAAAGGCGCUUCUUGCAAGAUAAAGAUGAUUGCGAACAAUUAUUGCUUAAUUUGUUCAAAACUCACGAUCGCUCAGAUUUAUCUGUACAGUAUUUGAAAGAAAGACAUAGAUUUAUCGAAGCCGCUGACGUAACUAAUGAUGCGCUUCUUAAAACCGAAUGUCUGCUGAUAGCUGCUAGAAAUGUACUAAGAACAGACAAGAUCGAAGAGAAGUCCUUGAUUGCGAAGAAACUUGAAAGCGCAUACAGUGACUUAGUUGGUCAUAAGAGUGUUUUAAGGGCAGAUUCACUUUAUUACAGAAUGUGCUUGCUUGACAAUCUGAAACACGUUACUGAUGCAGUACGAUUAUAUGAUAAUGCUGAGAAUGUCGUUGGUAAGCUGUUGUGCUUUGAUCUUUGGCAAAAGAAGAAGCCGGAUUGCAUAAUGGAAUACCAACCAGCACUAAAAAGCUCCUGUUUGAAAGCGAUGGUAAAUCAUGUUGCAGUAGUACUUAGAUCAAUUUCUCAUCUAUUAGAUGAGAAAAUUGAGGAUGAAAAAUUUCACGAGUAUUACAAUUACUUCGGGUUUGAUGCAUCAGACAACACAAUUUCAUCAAUGACUCAAUGCGACCUAUCUAGUGUCACUUAUUUUUCCCGAUAUUCUGAUCAGAAAGAUAUCAAGAAGUUUUCUGUUUUAAAUAAAAUUUCAACAGUUGACAUAAGGAAGUUCAUUGCUAAAGUUUUGUUUAAUCUUUUGAAGAUGUUUGUCAUUGAUCUUCGCAAUUUGAUUAAAAGUAAACUCUUUAGUGUCAUAAUGUGCUCAUUGUCCUGCGCUCAAAAGAACUGUGGUAAAUCACACGUUGUUCCUGAUUUACAGAUAUUCCUGAAGGGAAAGCAACUUGUUAUUAACUUUCUGAAUCUGCAGUAUAUGCUUUUGCAUCAGAAAAAAGUUUUUCAAGCUCAUUUUUCAGAUCUUAUCCUCCGGUGGUUAGACAUUGAAAGCGAUAUGGACAUUUCAAACUGCGUAUUUGACUAUAUUACUGGUUUUAUUGAGUAUCUACACAUUCCUCAUCUAACAUCAUCACUCAUACAUGAGUUUUUUAAAUAUUCUCAAAACGCAUCGCAUCAGCUUGCGUUAUACAUCAGACGUGCUUGGAAGGUGAGAGAAGAAAAGGGAAUCAUAGAUGUGAACUUCUACUACAAAAUACAUUUCUUGUCGUUCAUGAUUGACAAAAGUAAUCCGGUAGUUGAUGAACUUAUGUUUCAUGCUACUGACGAAAAGAGUCGUGCUGUAAAGAAAAAAUAUUUCUUUAAUGUUCUUAAGCCACUUAGUGCUGCUAUCUCACAUUUCUACCGCCAACACAAUGUAAUUAAUGCGUUAAAAUCUUACUUUUUAAUGGUAACUGUGCCAAUCAGGGAAACUUCUCUGACUAAUCCAACACUCAAUAUAUUCUGCUCUAUCCUUGAAGUACCUUUGAUUGUUAUAUUUACAUCGCUCGCCGCUCUAAAAGGAAAAUCCGUAAUUUUUCCAGAAAGUUUAAUGCAAAAGAAUACAUUUUUUGACCAAUUGUACAGCAAAUCAGAUCAAUCUGGUUUUGAGGUAGCUGUACGAAAAUUAAGAACCGACAAAGUAUUCAGGCUAUCUGAAUUUUUUAAAAAGUUUUAUAGCCUCUUGAUUGACACAAACUCAAACUUUAAUGCGUUUUUUGCGCUGAAAAAUGAACUUCAAACCUCUAAUCAAAGCUUGGCAAGAGAUGUAGCAAACGAGUUUGUGCAGUGUAGUGAAAGACUGUUGGUAAUAUAUCUGACAGUCCUAUCUAAUAUAGAAUCACUUACAUCAGAAAGUGGCAAAGUUGUCAUACAGCUGUUUCAAAGCAAUAAAAUUAUACAGCAUAACCCACUUUGUGAAACAUUCAAUGAAAUAGGAAGGCUGAAUAAUUCAAAAGAAGCUCAAACUUUGUUGCAACGUGUACUGGAAACUAAGAAAGAUAGAAUAAAAACUUUAACAUGGAGUCCAAAGCACAGCCGUUUGCAAAGCAAUCUAUUAUCAGGAAAACAGAUUCCUAAAAUAAAAGAUAAACAUGGCAAAAGUACUCGUAGCAAAAAUAAAUUGAUUAAUGAUGACGAAGAUACCUGGGAUAUCAUCAGCGACUCAGAUGUUCAAACAAGAAACGUAAAGGAAAACACGGUUCAAACAAGUAAGGAGGAUGAGUAUGAAGCUAUGUGGAAGCCUCUUCAGAAAGAAAAUUCGUCUGUAUAUGCGGCUGACGACGAAGCUGAUGAAUCUGAUGAGGAGUAUAAAGUAACAGAAGAUUUAGAACGAUCUAAAAAGAAUGUUGCUGCAACCACUGUUCAAAAUUGGUGGAAAAACGUUCUGGAGAAAAGGGAAAAGCAAUUAUUGAUCCGCAAAAAGGCUGUCACCCGAUUGCAGAAAUGGUGGAGGGAAUUAUUGGUGAAGAUUGGAGCUGAAGCAGAAAGUAAGGAAAAGUUCAAAAACGAUGACAACAAAAAAGAUUCUUUAAAAAACGAAAUCACUUCAACUUUUGAGCCACAUCAAACAAAUCAUCUCGAGUAUAUGAACUUUUCUAGUGUUCAGAAAAAAUUCAAGAUUCUUAGGGAAAGUUUUGAAAAUCUUUAUAAAGACCCAGCUAUGGAUCCAGAUGAAAGAUAUGAGUUAGAUAAAGCCAUAACCGGCCUAUCAAUGAAAAUUAAUAUAGCUACUCAUUUACGACAUUGGAAUGAAGCUGGUGCACUUCUCGAGAUGGUGCGAGAACUACAAAAGAGAAAUGAUAAAGUAAAACAACAACUAGAAGAAGAGGAUAUGGAUGAAAAGUUUGAAGAGUUUGGAGAUAUUGCGGUAAGGCAAUAAACGAAAAAAUACGCAAAGAAAACUCAAAUGGCGAAAUAAGCAUGAGUUAGCAAUACUUUAGAGAACACUAAAACGUUAACAUUUAUGAAUGAAGCACAUAUAAUUUUAAUUAAAUUAAUUUUUAAAUAAUUUUAGCACACAUAUUUUAAAACGCGUAUGCAACGGUAUGCAUUCGCAUUUAUUUCCAAUGACUUCUUUGUAUAUAGAUGAAUUAGAAUUAGAUAUUAGUUGUGCGCUGGACGUACUAGAGUAGAGAAAUCACACUAUAUAAUUGUAGAUGUAGAAAUUUCA